AGCUGAGCGACCGAGGCUGCGAGCGAGAUGCCGGUGGCCGUGGGUCCCUAUGGACAGUCCCAGCCUAGCUGCUUCGAUCGUGUGAAGAUGGGCUUUGUGAUGGGUUGCGCCGUGGGCAUGGCGGCCUGGGCGCUCUUCGGCACCUUUUCCUGUCUCAGGAUCGGAAUGCGGGGUCGGGAGCUGAUGGGCGGCAUCGGGAAAACCAUGAUGCAGAGUGGCUGCACCUUUGGCACAUUCAUGGCUAUUGGGAUGGGCAUCCGAUGCUAAUCAAGGCGAUGGUUGUCCACCUCUACCCCCUCCCAUCAGUCCUGGCCCAUGUACAGUAAUAAAGACUUUGAGUAGCAAAAAAAAAAAAAAAAAA